GAGCGACCCCGCCCGCCGGGGUCGUGUCCCUCCGCGGGGCGGCGGCGGCUCCCAGGCAGGAGCCUGCGAGCAGGUGGGGGCGGCGGCCCCGCCUCCGCGUCCCGGCAGCACCAGAGCCGGUGGCCGGGGAGCGAGCCGGGCGCACCGAGCACAGCACCGAGCGCAGCUCGGCGGUAGCGGCGCCGCUUGGAGCACGGGCGCUGCGGGACGGAGCCCGGAGCCAGAGGCGGCGGCGGCGGAGGCGUCGGCCGGAGCUCGAGUCCAGUCCAGCCCCCGGCUCCGCCACCUGCAGAGCAGAAGCCACUCUCUUGGGACCAUUCAUAAGCAGGAGACAUCAAUACCGUGACACAUGCCAGUGCCACCGCCGCCACCACCUCCUCUGCCUCCACCUCCCCCUCCUCUGGGGGCUCCUCCCCCUCCCCCACCAUCAGCACCCCCGGUAAGCACAGACACCUCCAGCUUGAGAAGGGCAGAUCCGAAAGGCCGGAGUGCACUGUUGGCUGAUAUCCAGCAAGGAACUCGCCUGCGCAAAGUCACGCAGAUCAACGACCGCAGUGCCCCGCAGAUCGAGAAUUCUAAAGGAACCAACAAAGAAGGAGGAGGUUCUGCAAACACACGAGGCGCAAGCACACCUCCCACCCUGGGAGAUCUGUUUGCUGGUGGCUUUCCUGUAUUGCGACCAGCAGGCCAGCGGGAUGUAGCAGGUGGCAAGACAGGGCAGGGCCCUGGCUCCCGCGCGCCCUCUCCCAGGCUUCCCAACAAAACCAUCAGCGGCCCGCUUAUCCCGCCUGCCUCUCCCAGGCUAGGCAAUACCUCCGAGGCGCAUGGCGCUGCCAGGACAGCCCCACCUCGCCCUAACGUGCCUGCCCCGCCCCCUCCCACCCCACCCCCUCCGCCUCCACCCUUGCCCCCGCUCCUUCCCUCUUCCUCCCCCAUCAAAACUCCGCUUGUGUCCCCACCUGGCCCACUGACCAAAGGGAACCUCCCUGUGGUUGCACCCCCUGUCCCCUGUGCGCCACCACCUCCACCUCCGCCACCUCCCCCAACGCCACCCCCGCUGCCCCCGGCCUCGGUUCUUAGUGAUAAGGCAGUGAAGCCUCAGCUAGCUCCCUUGCACCUCCCGCCCAUCCCGCCCCCGCUCCCUCUCCUCCCACCCUGUGGGUAUCCUGGGCUCAAAGCGGAGCCCGUCAGCCCUGCGCAAGAAGUGCAGGAGCCUCCCGCCCCGCCGCCCCCGCCGCCCCCGCUCCCCACUUAUGCUUCCUGCUCCCCGAGGGCUUCUUUGCCCGCGCCCCCUUUGCCAGGAGCUAAUAACAGCAGUGAAACCCCACCCCCGCUACCCCCUAAAUCCCCCAGCUUCCAGGCCCCACCGCAGAAGGCCAGUGCGCAGGCCUUGCCCGCCCCUCCUGCCCCUCCGGGCUCCCAGCCGUUCCUGCAGAAGAAGAGGCAUGGCCGACCAGGGGCCGGUGGGGGAAAGCUAAAUCCACCUCCAGCACCCCCUGCGAGAUCACCCACCACAGAGCUUUCAAGCAAGAGCCAGCAGGCCACAGCCUGGACCCCGACGCAGCAGCCUGGAGGUCAACUGCGAAAUGGAAGCCUGCACAUCAUCGAUGACUUUGAGUCUAAAUUCACGUUCCAUUCUGUGGAAGACUUUCCCCCUCCGGAUGAAUACAAACCAUGCCAGAAGAUUUACCCCAGCAAGAUCCCCAGAAGCCGUACACCUGGUCCCUGGCUCCAAGCGGAGGCAGUCGGGCAGAGCUCUGAUGACAUCAAAGGCAGAAAUUCUCAGGCAACUGGGCACGUGUUCCUGGAGCAGCUUGCACACAGCUUGCAGGAGCCAAGUUAUCUCUAAAGACUCUUCGGUGAGAAGACAGAUGAAGCCAAGGUCCUGGGGUUCCAGGUUGCAGAACAACAUGUCAGACCCCACCCACCCCAUGCUCAAGCUGUAAUUCAGUUGGCAUACAGGCUUGGAAUUGAGAAUUUAUUUAUUGUAAAUAUGUGGUUUGCACAGGCUUUAAAGCAGUAUUUUAAUUGACUUUUAUUUCAGUAAUAUUUUUUAAAACACCCCUCAUUUUUCCAUUUUUUACAUUGCAUCUUGGCAUUUGUCUGUCAGCACAGAUAGAGCCCUGUCCCUCCACCUAGUGCCCACUCCAUGACUGUGAAUAUGCUUGCAGGCUGGCCCUUCCUAGAUUCUGAACCGUUUGUAGAGAGUCCUUAGUUUGCAGGUAGCCCCAAAGUUAUAAAUAUCCACGACGGCUUCUUCUUGGCAUAAUUUCAUAUUCUCAUCACACUAACUGCAAAAUCAAACCAAAUAAUGCCUUAUCAAUGAUGCAGCUCAGAGGAAGUAGUGUGUCCCCCACACCCAGACAGUGCCGUGCAGCCUCCAGGGAACGAGAUGCCAUGUCUCGCUUCCAUUUUGCAGUACAGGGAUUUUUUUUUUUUGCUGCCUAAUGUAAAUAUAUCACAAAGUAAAGGCAAGAGUGGGCUUGGCCCUCCGAUGCCAACCACAGGGCCCCUUUUGUAACUGAAUAAUCCUCCAAGUAGCCAAUGCUCCUACUGUUUACAGUGUCCCUAGUGCCCAAGUCUCUGUCACUUUCCUCCUGUUCCCUCCAAGUUCCCAGUCCCAUCCCAGUAGCCAGCUUUAUCAGAUUUUGGUAUUUUUUCCCUGCAGAUUAAAAACAUAUACAACUCAUCAUUAUGCUAAACUAUCAAUUGUAUCUCAGAGGUCUCCCCUUCUGCCCUUGCUUCAAGUGUGGACUUCCAUGGAAAAUAUGACAUGAAAAAGUGUAGAACGAAACAUCGUGUGAAAUACCUGCCACAAAUACCUGGUGCCUCACCGCCCCCAUCUUAGGAUCCUUGGAGCCACCUGUCAGGCAAAACCUAGCUCCCUUCUGAGCUAAAGGAGAACCUUGCCUGACAGCCCCACAUUCAUUCCCUUGUGGUGGGCACCUGUCUGUGGGAAGACGUGUGCAAGCUCAGCCACUCUGAAUAUGGAAAAGGUCAGGCCGGGCUGGGCCUGUUCUUCACUCCCUCUUCUUGAUCCUGCAGGGAGUGGAAGUGUGUUUUUGCUUGCUGCCUGACCCCUGAUGUUCCCCAUCUUUGGUCGGGGAAGACUGUGACAGAGGAAGGAGAAAAAAAUAGAAGGAAACAGACUGAUCCCUGGGCUGUGCUCAAAAUAGCUGCCCUUUAAAGGAAAUCAGGCAGGGAGGGGAGGGAAACCAGCGAAAAAGAAAUUUGCUUUGCAACAAUCCACGCACACAUUCACCCUUGAAGUGUAUCGUGUCCAGACCAAGCCAUCCAGAAAGGUAGCCGGUCAGGAGGGUGUGGGCAAACAUGACUGCAUCUGCCUCACUGUUGUCUGGAGUAAAGACCCAGGUGGCGUCCUGCAGCAGUGCUGUGCUUUCUCAUUCCAGAUGGAAGCAAGUGAGCCAGGGUCAAAUUCCCUUCUCUGGGGGAAUGAAUCAAGCCCAAACUGUAACAGCUAAGUAAGUAGAAAAGAAGUUUUUGCAGGUCAUCAGCUCUGGGCAUAACUAAUUUGUUUUAUUGGUUCUGGAAGAUUUCCAAAAAGCCAGAAUUUAUUAUUAUAACAGUGUCCACUUCACUGCCCUCACAGUUGUGUAAAAUAAUUAUAAAAGUUUUAAUGAUCCUGAUUAAGAAGACCCUAGACAAAGGCAAUUCCACCUUCAGAGUAGACUGCCUGCCCUAAUGAGGUGUUUAGACAUUGGUGUCCCCUAUGGCUGGGAUGGAAAUUAAAAUAACACUAUUAAGGACAGAGCGGGCCAGGAGCAGUGGCUCAUGCAUGUAAUCCCAGCAUGGGAGGCUGAGGUGGGUGGAUUACUUGAGGUUAGGAGUUCAAGACCAGCCUGGCCAACAUGGUGAAACCCUGUCUACUCAAAUACAAAAAACUAGCCAGGCGUGGUGGCUCACAACUGUAAUCCCAGCAACGUGGGAGGCUCAGGCACAAGAAUUGCUUGAACCCUGGAGGCGGAGGUUGCAGUGAGCUGAGAUGGCGCCACUGCACUCCAGACUGGGCAACAGAGCGAGACUCUAACUCAAAACAAAAAAAAAAAAAAAAAAAAAAGGACAGCGGGGAGGAAGGAGCAGAAACCAAAAAUGGCAAUUAGGGAGAAAUCUCAGGAAUGUGGCAUCCCAUCUCCCCUUGAGACCUAUCAUUGAAUUCACAGCCCUUCGAGCUCAUGCUGGUGCACUGAGUUCCUUGGGUGCUGUAAAGGUUUAACCCCUUGACUGUAAACUCACACUUAGAGACAUCUGAGUCACACAGUCCCCGCCAUUGUCACAUAUUCUCAUUGACACUGCAGUCUGUGACUCCUCCAAUGUUUCCCAUGUAUUUUAUUUUUAUUGAUGUCUCCUUCUGCAGAUUCAUUUCUUUGUACUUAAUAAACUUUAGUAAGUGGAAA